GUACCCCAAAAUCAUCCUUUCAUUUAAAUUCAGUUUUAUUGUGUAUUUAACAAUACAAAAAAUGUCACAAAGCAGCUUCAUAGAAAUCCGGAUGUAGGUUUAGAUCCUUAAUGAGCAAGCCAGAGGCGACAGCGGCAAGGAAAAACUCCUUGAGAUGACACGAGGAAGAAAUGCUGAGAAGAAGCAGACUGAAAAGAGAACUCGCCGGAUAGUCGGAUCAUAAAUCAUUAUAAACCAUUAGUCUUCUGCACCUGUAUACUAUCAAGUUAAACAGCAGCAGAUGUGCUAAAAGGAUGUUCAGUAUGAGCAUAUUGUUGAUAGGAAUGGGGUGGACACAGGACAGUCUUUGCGAUUACAGCAGCAGUUCUUAGGUACAAGUCGACAUUAUCCUGGGGAGAUUAUCUUAUUAAAUAUAUUCUUAAUUAUAGUUUAUUAAAUUUGUUUAAAAAAUGUUUUAGACAUGCAAUAGUGUUUUUUUACUUAAAGACUACACCUACGUUGUUACCCUGUUUCAGAAGCAGUGAGGACCUCUCGGUGCUGAUAAUUAACUUCAGCUGCUCUGUGUUCAGCCCUUUCAGCAGAUUGAAUCAGCGGAUUAAGAACACGGCAGCUUUAGUCAUGUUGCAUCUUAAAGGUGCAUUAGUCAAGAUUGGAGAUCUAGCGGCUGAGUAGGUGAACUACAACAAUGUAGGAAUGUUUUUUGUUUUUUGUUUUUUUUUUUCCAGUUCAUUUCGAGUUUGAUUAUGGCAUCACUUUCAAAUGAUGAGCGGCUGUUUAUUUCGGACAUUCCAAGACGUUGUUAACGUUGUUAAUUAGCUAUAGCUGAUAAAUGUAUAAAUUAAAUUUCUCCGUCUUGGAAAACCACUAGCAUUGUUUGUUCUACUUGAACUACAUUUUCCUUUUAAUUUUUUUCAGGGCAGUUCGUACAGGAUUUUGCAGAAUACAUUUUUUUGUGAUUAUUGCCUGCCAAAACUGCUCAGUUUUGCGGCAUCUUUUUCCAAUAUUUGAAUGGGCACAGUGUUGUUUGUUGGUAAAUGAGACUUUUAGCUGUACUCCUGUUCGACGCAUGUGAAUCGAAGACGGCUUUGGGUGAACGUGCGUUAUGAUGACAUCACAUGACACGUCUUGGCCCGAAUCUGCAGAAAAUCUACAGUAAUUUUGAAAAUUUGCAAGCUCCUCUGAUUUAUUUCAGGGUUAAUUUCUGCGAUCACAAAAUCUCACAAGCCUGCAGGGACUGAUCAAGUACAGACUGUUUCUCUUUAUUUCUGCUUACAGUAAAAUAUCUGGCUGUGCUGGGCUCUUACCUGAUUCUGCUAUGUUUUCCUUUUUGGACAGGCUGAGUUGGGGGCGGGGUGAAGGGGUGUUGGGGAGUGUCUAUAAAAAGACUGACAGCAAGGCCAUGUAAGCACAGACAGUUUAGUUUAUUAUGGGCUCAGUUUCCUCAGACCAUAAUGUACAUGUAUUGAUUCCAUUGCUUAAACAAGAAUUUUAAAAUCAUGUUCUACAUCUUUUCCAGAUUAUUUGUCCUAGUAAGAAAAAAAAUGACUAAUGCACCUUUAAUGCUGUGUAGAACACCCCUCCAUUUAUGUGACUGAGAGUACAGUUUGUACUCUGCUCUUUUUUGAUGGCAGCUGGUUAGGAUUUAUUUAUAAUUAAGGCCACCUUUAUUUGAGCGUAACCAUGAGCGUAUUUAGCAUAGUGUUUAAGUGAUAUUAAAACCUUUGACCUUUGACACUACGACUCGGUGGUGGUCUCGUGAUGCUUAAAGAAUAUUAUGUUUCUUGAACUGUACUGUUAGUCGGUUUGGUGGUUUUGUAAAAACGUGAAAAUUAUCAACAGCGCUCACACACACACACACAGUUAUUUAGCCUCCCUUGACUGAGCACACAAAAUUGAACGAAUUAGUUCAUUAGGCCGUCUGUCGCUGAUUCUUCCAGUUUCUGGAUAAGCCCGCUUUUGUGUAGCUAAUCUGUAGUGUGUUACACCAUCAUCCUCUAGACUAAAUGGCACACAGCUAGUGCAUGUGUACAUUAAGCUCAAAUUACAUUUUCUUCAGCAUACCGUCAAUUAGUUAAACAAAUGCUUUUACAGGAAUGUGUUUAUAUAAGUGAAACAGUAAUCCAGUCGUAUCAAGUUCUUUUCCUGUUCUUAUAAUCAUGAAGGAGGCUCUGAGAGCAGGCCCGAACGUGUGUAUGACCCUGAUCACCCGUACCUGCUUAGCUGCAAAUGUGACUCCAAGUAUUAUGUAACAACAAGCUGAUUCAGAGGCACACCUCACGCAAAGCUGAUCGUGUAACCUGUGUGUGUGUGUGUGUGUGUGUGGAUGGCAGAAAGAGACGGAGAGGGCCUGAGACGGAGCCCCCGUUAGUGAGCCGCUGACGGAUAGCGUGGCACUGCGGCAGGGUCCGAGCUGAUGAGGCUAAAGUGCUGAGAUGCUCUUUCAGUGUCUGCACAGGCUGGAAAUGCUGAGACCUGAUGAAUGAGAAGCUUUGCUCGUGCUUAUCUUCCAAAAGAGUGAUGGAGACAGGCCGACUGAGAAGGACAGGAGACGAGCAGCUCAGCACAGCCGUGUGAUUCAACCAAAGCAUCAGAGGAUAUUAAUCUGAGGACGCUCUGAGACGGAGGACAUAUUUUCUGGUGUAUAUUAUAUUUCAUGUUGUUUUAGAAGCUGACAGCGAAGUUUUUUUGUUUGUUUGUUUGUUUGGUUUUUUUUUAAAACUGAAACCCCCCAAUUCGACUAGUAGAAAAAGUAGAAAAGUAGAUUUUAGAGCCUGUAGUAUUGGAAAUGAUGCAUGUUUACUUGAUUGUUUGCUAAUCAGCCUGCUUGAGUGUUACAAGAACAAACCCGUAGGAUGCCAAGGGGAUUUUUUUGUUUUUAGUUUCUCUUUCCGUUGCGUCAACCUUUUUCAGUAAGAUUAAUCUCCGUUUCUGUUGUUUCGUGAUCAGCGCAGAACAAAGGUGUGACUGUGUGACGGGAAUCUUUCACUAGUACUAGUAUCAGUAACUGGAUAUCUGAAAAUCUGAUUUGGGACAAUACUGCGCUUUUUUGGCAUCUGAAAUACCUGAGACAAGAGUCCCUAUUCGAAGAUUUUGGUUCAUAGUCAGUUGUACCUUUAUCAGGACAGAAUCUAAAGGAAAUCAGAUCUUUCCUGGGCAAUGGGAUCAGAAAAAGACUCCGAAUCACCCCAUUCGUCUGUCAGUGGCAUUCCCAAUCCUAAAUGUCGUGGUCCGGGCAAGAAGCAAGGCAGGAUCUCCUUCGCCAACCUCUUUCACAGCAAACGUGGUUCCAGGAAGAGCAAAGCUAAUUCGGGAACACCUUUAGCGCAGCAGCACAACCAGCAGCAACAGCAGCUCUUUCAGCCUCCCACUCCUACUGCUGCCUCCCCAGACCCUCUUACUGCCGACCCGGCCGAGCCUUUAUCCUCCAGCCAGGCCUCUCUGGGAGGACAAGAGCUCCUCGAGUGCCCACUAUGUCUGGUGCGCCAGCCACGGGAUCAGCUGGCAGAGCUUCAGGGCUGCAGUCAUCGCUCUUGCCUUUGCUGCCUGCGCCAGUACCUGCGCAUCGAGAUCACCGAGAGCCGCGUGCAGCUCAGCUGCCCCGAGUGCGCCGAGAGGUUGGUGCCCAGGCAGGUGGCACUCAUCCUGGACGAUGCUGCCCUGCUGGAAAAGUAUGAGGAGUUUCUGCUAAGGCGAUGCCUCGCCUCAGACCCCGACUGCCGCUGGUGUCCGGCUCCAGACUGCGGAUUUGCCGUCAUCGCAUCAGGCUGUGCCAGCUGCCCCAGGCUUGUAUGCCGCAGGGAAGGCUGUGGCGCCGAGUUCUGCUACCACUGCAAGCAGGCCUGGCAUCCGAACCAGACAUGCGACUCGGCCCGGCAGCAAAGGGCACUCUCCCUGAGAACACACAGCAACCACUCACCUAGUUACGCAGCCGAUCAAGGGCCCACUGAUGACAUCAAGCCCUGUCCCCGAUGCGGCGCCUACAUCAUCAAGAUGAAUGACGGAAGCUGUAAUCACAUGACCUGCGCUGUGUGUGGCUGCGAGUUCUGCUGGCUGUGUAUGAAGGAAAUCUCUGACCUGCACUACCUCAGUCCAUCAGGUUGUACUUUCUGGGGGAAAAAGCCAUGGAGUAGAAAGAAAAAGAUCCUGUGGCAGCUUGGCACUCUUAUCGGCGCGCCUGUCGGCAUCACGCUGAUCGCUGGCAUUGCCGUGCCUGCCAUGGUCAUUGGCAUCCCGGUUUACGUAGGAAGGAAGAUAUAUGCGCAUUAUGAGGGGAAGAAGAAUUCUCAGCACAGGAGAAACUUGGCCAUUACUGGCGGUGUAGCCUUGUCAAUCAUCACAGCCCCAGUUAUUGCAGCUGUCAGUGUUGGUAUUGGCGUACCGAUCAUGUUGGCAUACGUGUAUGGUGUGGUGCCAAUCUCACUGUGUCGCGGUGGGGGCUGUGGGGUUAGCAGAGGGAAGGGACGAGGCGUCAGGAUUGACUUUGAUGAAGACGAUGGACCCAUUACAGUUGCCGACGCAUGGCGAGCGCUGAAAUCUCCCAGCCUUGGUGAGAGCAGCCUAGAAGGAGCAGCCAGUGGCCUUAGCACCACCUCACCUAGUGAAGGCCUGUCUGUGGCCCCCGGGGGUCUCGUCGACACGCCCCACUUCAACACACUAGCCGGAGGAGCUCUCGGAGCCCGGACGGGAAAAUACAGCAGGCUGGAGGUUCAAGGCGCUGAGAUUGGAAAGGAAGGUGUACACAGAGAGACGGGAAGCUUGGGAGCAGGCAGUGACUGCGCAAGCACUCGAGGCAUGGCAGGAUCCAUUACCUCCUCAUACACGAUACCUGAUAGAGAAGGCACAAACCUGGAGAUUCAGGUGGACAUUGAAACCAAACCCAGCCAUCUGUGUUUAACCAGUGAGGAGGAUCUGGCUCCCCGCGCUUGUGCCAUGGCCGCUGCCUCAGCAGAGGAGCCUCAGGACUGCAGCUCUCACCGAGGGAGGGUUUUAUCCCGCUCGUCUUUGGGGAUGUCGUCAGGAGGCUCGCUCCGAGAGGGGCUCGGUGACGUGACGCUGGCUCAGCCCGAGAGCAUCCGCAGUGACCUGGAGACCUCCGAUACGCAGUCAGAUGACAUCGCCGAGCUCACGUCAGAGGACUGCGACUCUCCUAACCCUCCUCCUCAACCCACCUGCCGAGCCCAGAACUCCACCGACGGCCUGCACUGCCCCGAUAACGUCAUCCUUUCUGUCUGAAAGGACCAGAGAGCUUUGACUACUUGUUUGUAUUAUUUUGCUUUUUUAAAAAAUAUAUAUAAUAAAUAAGACAGCUUACAUGCUCUCUGGGGAAUUUGGUGGCUUGUAUCUGCCUGUUGCUCUGUCCAUCUUGCCUAAAUUACUGACAGGGCUCUACCUCUACGAUUCAGACUGUUAGUCAUUCAUGUACCAACUGGUGCAAAAAAAAUGCCUUGGCUAUCGAAGCAAAAAUUAAAUAAAAUAAAUAAAUAAACCAUUGCGACAAGAAUUCCUGUCAGGAGAGACAAAAGAAAAAUAAUGCUAGACAAGUAAUACUGAAAAUAGUAUCAAGCACACAUGUAAGAUUCGUGAGGAACUCUGGAAAACGGUCUAUAUAUGGACUGUAAUGUUUUUUAAUGUAUGUUGGGAGUGAGUGUAUAUCUUUUUUUUUUUUUUUUUUAAUUUAUAACAAACCUGGAAAUUGUAUCGUUUGCUGUAUGCAUGUGUAUGUAUGCAUGACCCGCACUUGUAUGCAAGGAUACAAGUGCAGUAUGUAGUAGUUGCACUGACCAAGUUUGCACAGUGAUAAGACGUAAACGGACCUGCACGUGAGUCUCACCUGCACAGAGAAUGAAGUUCAGUGAUGGAGGAGAGGCACUGUUAUGUAUGGAACAAAGCACGAUUAUGGGUUAAUAAGCAAUGGUGGGGGCGUCGUUGCCAUUACCAGCCCUAAGCUGAUUAUUUUCCUGUAAAAGGACCUCCUGAAGUGUUGUAUUCCUCUUAUACCACAGCAAUUAUGCCAACAAUUACAUUUUUUUUUUUUUUCAUUUAUUAAACGGCGACAAACUUUUUAUCUAUUUAUAAUUACAUUUAUGGAACGUCUCAGAAACGGGUUUGUUCUGAAGACUUUCCUCUGUUGGAUAACCUAAGGUGAAAAAAAGAGAGCUUUAACUCUCUCGAACUUUUAACACUAGGGAUUUUUUUCCCCAAAAAAAUUGCUGUAUGAACGCUUCAUCGUACCGGCAAUUAUGUUAUUUUUUUAAAUCUGUGGAUGCGGAGCGCCUGUAAUACAAGUUCUUACCAUGAUAUGGUACCAUAUCAGAACGAGCUCCCUCUGACCAAUCAGAUGUAAGAGUUUAGCAGUGCUGUGGUAAAGAAGACGAAUCACUUCACAAGCAUACGGUUCCAUCUUAAUCCUUGUCUGUCUGCCUUAGAGCCAUCACUCUCUUCAUCGUACUCUCAGUCCCUUUCCCACUGACAACACUAUGUGCUCAUGUCUGCUAGUUUGUGUGUGUGUGUGUGUGUGUGUGUGUGUGUGUGUGUGUGUGUGUGUGUGUGUGUGUGUGUGUGUGUGUUAUUUGCGAGUUUGUAUUAAAUAUCAAAGAUUUAAAGCAUCGACUGUCAGAAAAACCACCUGAUGCACUUUUUUUUUUUUGUAAUAAAGCCUUGUAUUAUCAUGGACUCCCUGCAAUGUGUUUGGACUUGAGCGUUUCUGAAUAAUAAAUUUAAUCAAAUCAUCAGCUUCUUGCACUUUAUCCCAGUAUUUGUCAUUGCCCUGAAAGCUAGUCUUACUUGUAUACUUUGCAUCUAUCUGAUUCAUUUUCUUUUAAUUGUACCUCCCCAAAAUGACAAACCAUUUGAUUGUAUACUAUUUGUUUGUUAUAUUAUUGUGGAAUGUAAUGGAAUAUUAUCCUUUUUCUUUUUUUUUCUUUUCAUAUGCUGCAUUUUUUUUUGCUUCUUAUGUGUCUUCAAUUAUAAAAACUUAAUCAUAAACUAAUGAAUGUUAUUUCAUAAAAAAAAUUAAUUGUGGUCUUUCUUUAAAUACCAGCCCUGGAAAUGUGAUCCAGUCAACACAGCAUUUGGGCUAUAUUCGGGGCAAUGUGCUGAACCUAAUUAAUAUUGAUAUGAAAAACAGUAUUAAAAGAACACUUCUUUCUUGCACAGUUCGUGCCUCGACACAGUGCACUUGGCAAAGACGAGGAUUAUGAGAAUAAACAUUUAUGUGUUGCAACAGCUCGUUUUGUAUUUUCUGUUUACAGUCUAAAGAUGGCAGACAUUUCCCGCAGAUUUCUUAGUCUAGUAUUACAGUUGGUUCCAGCCUAAAAUGAAAUCAAGCUGGCUAACUGAGCUGUCAUGUGUUAGAUGUGUUAGAGAAAUUCGCUGAGUUCAGUAACCAGGAAACCAAAGUUGAAAUUCCCUGAAAGUCCCCAGAUACAGAUAAUAAACACAUAUUCCACAUUAUGCGGCAUAAUAUUGUGUGUAUGUGAACAGUUAGCCAUUGUUUCCAGAUAAACGCAACCCAAAAACUACCCAAUACCAAAUAAUAAUAAUAAUAAUAAUAAUAAAUUUCAAAAUCUGCUCACGCAAAACCAGUUGCAGUGAUUUUUAAUACUAUCAUGACUGAUUAUAAUAACAUCAUGACAAAAUCCCAAACUGUACAUCAGGGGCCGACAGGCUGUCUGAGGGGCGGAGGUGGUGGGGGAAUAAUAAAAAGGUCACUCCCUACACACAGUGGGGGGAAAAAGACAGCACCUGUAGGGCAUAAAUCCUGUUAUGCCUUAGAGGCAGCCUAGAGGGCAUGUUUUCUCACAAGUAGGAGCACCUAGAGGGCACUUCAUCUCAUUUUCUCCACUGGAAGGGAUGCCGUUAGUGCACUUCAUCACGUUUCCUUGCACGUAGAGGAACCCUGCAAAGUACUGCACCAUGUAUUCUUCACUGUAAUGGCACACUAUAGGGCACUGUAUCAGGUUUUUCUACCAUACAGGCACCUAAACCUAAACUUAUGCAGUUAUUUUACCCAGGGGAAGGGGGACCCCUGACUCUGCCAUUGCCCUAAAAUUUAUAAUGUAUUGCAAACUUUAACAGUAAAACAUCAUACCGUACAUAUUUAACAACUUAUUAUUAACCCUUGUACUGUUCAUGUCCAAAUUACCUGUUAAAAUGUU